AUGGCGGCCAAACCCGCGCAGCAGCGCUCAAGUCAGAGCAACAAGACUGCCAAAUCCAACAGCGACGCAUAUGCCAAUGGCACCAUCACCGCGCGUGAGAUGGUCCAGUCCAGCCCCGACAAACCCCCUCACCCCUCCUACGACUACACCUCGCCUGGUGUAUCCGACAACAACAUCACGACGUUGAAAUCAUAUGAUUGGGAAUGGAUGGCAGGCGUCACGCUGGUCGCGCUGUUUGUGCGCCUGUUCCGCAUCUACCAGCCGAGCAGCGUCGUCUUCGAUGAGGUGCAUUUUGGUGGAUUCGCGACAAAAUACAUCAAGGGCAGGUUCUUCAUGGACGUCCACCCGCCUCUCGCCAAGCUGUUGAUCACUUUGGCCGGCUGGUUGGCAGGCUUCGAUGGAAACUUCGAUUUCAAGGACAUUGGCAAGGACUACCUGGAGCCAGGCGUCCCCUACGUGGCCAUGAGACUGCUUCCCGCCCUCUUGGGGGUCUUGUCCGUGCCGGUCAUGUACUUGACCCUUAAAGCUGCGGGAUGCAGGACUGUGACCGCUACGCUGGGCGCUGGACUUUUGACAUUUGAGAAUGGCUUCGUUACCCAGUCACGAUUGAUCCUCCUGGACUCGCCCCUGGUCAUCUUCACUGCACUGACAGCUCUGUCAUGGUUCUCCUUCACCAACCAGCACGAGCUUGGCCCCAAGAAGGCCUUCACUCCCAGCUGGUGGUUCUGGCUGGCAUCGACUGGUGUAUGUCUGGGUGCGACAGUCAGCGUCAAGUGGGUUGGUCUCUUCACCAUCGCCUGGGUUGGCUCCCUUACCGCACUUCAGCUCUGGGUUCUACUCGGCGACAACAAAAACGUUACCCUCCGCGUCUGGUUCAAGCACCUUUUCGCGCGCAUUUUUUGCUUGAUCAUCAUCCCAGUCGCCUUCUACAUGGGCAUGUUUGCCAUUCAUUUCGUCUGCCUUGUCAACCCUGGCGAUGGCGAUGGCUUCAUGAGCAGCGAAUUCCAGUCGACUCUCAACUCCAAGGGCAUGGCAGAUGUUCCAGCCGAUGUUGCUUUUGGCUCUCGCAUCAGCAUCCGCCACCACAACACCCAAGGUGGCUACCUGCACUCCCACUCCCACAUGUACCCAGGCGGCAGCAAGCAGCAGCAGAUCACUCUUUACCCUCACAAGGACGAAAAUAAUGUCUUCGUGGUCGAGAACCAGACCCAGCCAAUCAACUGGGCUGUCGACCCAACGGGCAACACUAGCAUUCCUGGCCCUCUGGCAUGGGACAAUGAAACACCACCGACUUUCGUCAAGGAUGGCGAUCUUAUCCGUCUCUACCACGUUACCACCGACCGACGCAUCCACUCGCACGACGUCCGCCCACCUGUCACUGAAGCCGACUGGCAGAACGAGGUCUCCGCCUACGGUUACGAAGGAUUCGAGGGCGAUGCCAAUGACUUGUUCCGUGUCGAGAUCGUCAAGCACAUGUCGGAUGGCAAAGCAUCCAAGGAACGCCUUCGAACUAUUCAGACCAAGUUCAAGCUCGUCCACGUCAUGACUGGCUGCGUCCUCUUCUCCCACAAGGUCAAGCUUCCCGACUGGGGUUUCGAGCAGCAAGAAGUGACUUGCGCGCGAGGCGGUACCCUGCCAAACAGCAUCUGGUACGUGGAGAGCAACGUCCACCCGCAGCUCAAGGACGACGCUGAAAAGGUCAACUACCGCAACCCUGGCUUCUUUGGCAAGUUCUGGGAAUUGCAGCAGGUCAUGUGGACCACCAACGCUGGUCUCGUGGAAUCCCACGCUUGGGACUCCCGCCCUCCAUCAUGGCCAGUCCUUCGACGUGGUAUCAACUUCUGGGGCAAGGACCAUCGCCAGAUCUACCUCACGGGCAACCCUCUCAUUUGGUGGUCCAGCACUGCCGCAAUCGCCAUUUAUGUCCUGUUCAAGGGUCUCGCAGUCCUUCGAUGGCAACGCAGCUGCGGCGACUACAAGAAUACGAUUGUCCGCCGAUUCGACUACGAGAUUGGUACCGCUGUUCUUGGCUGGGCCUUCCACUACUUCCCCUUCUACCUGAUGCAGCGUCAGCUCUUCUUGCACCACUACUUCCCAGCGCUCUACUUUGCGAUCAUUGCACUUAGCCAAAUUUUCGACUUCGGCUUCAACCGCAUCAGUGUCUCGGGCUUCACGCUUCGAGACAAGCCCUACUUUGGAAUGAGUGCCGCCACCAUCUUCAUGGCACUUUCCAUCGCCGUCUUUGCUCUCUACGCACCUCUGUCUUACGGCAACCAAUGGACGAAGGCAGAGUGCAACCGCGUCAAGCUGUUCGAUACUUGGGACUGGGACUGCAACACCUUCUACGACAACUACGCGGACUACUCCCUUGCUGUGCCAAGCCCAGCGGGCGGCGCUGAAGCCACUGGUCAAGCCGCCCACGGUCCUGCACCACCGGUCGCAGACGACCCGCAGAAGGACGUCCACGUCACACCUCAGCUUCAGGUUCCUCUGGGCGAUAGUGUGACUGAGGAGAAAGUGGAGUACCGUGAUGAGGAGGGAAACCUGCUCAAUGACGAGCAAGUCGCCGCUCUUCAAGGAAAGGUCUCAUUCUCGACGAGGUACGAGACGCGGACACGACUUGUCGAUGAAGUCGGCAACGUGAUCCAAGACGGCCAAGUCGACGUCCAGGACGGCGAACUCCCAGCACCUCCCAAGCCGGAGGGUGUUGACCCCCAGACGGUCAAGGGUGGCGAUGCGUAUGAAGGCGAGCCAAAUACUGAGAAGGCACCGAAACAGAACAAGGUGAACGACGACAUCGCCAAGGAGAAGAGCGUGCAAGACGUCAAAGCCACCCCCGAGCCAGCGAGUGACGCGGAGAAGAAGACCAAGGACGAGCUUUGA